UAUUUUGUAUAUAAAAUGAACAAACUAUAACAAGGGCAUUGCAGAUUCUUCACACCAUUAUUAGGUUGCAGUUCCUAUUUUGACAGUGACAAGUGAUGUGUACUUGGAUUUAUUCAACCGUGUAAUUUAAUGUGAAAAUGUUCAUCAGUUCGUAUAAAUUAAAGACUUGGCUGAAUUGGCCCCCAGUGUGUGCUCACCUCUGCACUUUUGCAGUAGCGUUCAGUUUCAGCAGUACAUGGCAAGUGCCACGCGACGCGUUUCGUUACGGCGGCCUCGUGUACGCCUUUCUUCUGACUGUUGCUAUUGUGGUGGUAGCACUUCCUAUUACCUUGCUGCAGCUGGCCAUUGGACAACUUAGCCAGCAAGACGCUGUCGGUGUUUGGAGGGCUGUACCAUUCUUUAAAGGAGUGGGUUAUGUCAGAUUGUUGAUCUCGAUGCUUGCGCUGGUAUACACGAGUGUGUACGUCUCACUUACAUUUACAUAUCUAUUGUACACCGUUAGCAAUUCGAUACCGUUUUGGGAAUGCCAAUACAUUGUAGUACCUGACGAUGAUGAAACUUACAUAGCAAAUGCCACAUCCUGUUUUAAUGAAACUUUUCUGGCACCGGUCAGUGAAAAACCUGAGUACUACGUCGCUGUGUCUUUGGUCAUCAUCGUUCUGUCAACACUACUGCCUUUUACGUUAUUCGGUCCAUUUAAAUUUAUGAAGCGUAUCCUUUACGUCCUGGGACCUACCAUAUUUAUACUAGGCAUUUUAAUAAUAUCUUGCAUUGGAGAUGGCAAUGGUUUGACAACAUUUUAUAACAGUAGCGAGAUACGGAAUAUGGUCAACCCGAGCAUAUGGUACAGGGCUUUGAUACAAGCUUUAUUGACAUCUCAGACUGCUAACGGAUAUCUUAUUCUAGCCGGGGAUUCUAUUUAUACGAAUACGGAUGUUCAUUGGACAUCUUUAAUCUUUACUGGGACGAAUGUAGCAUCGUUUUGGUUUGGUUUGAUCUUCUGGCAUGGUCUGACCUCGGGUGUGGACCACGACAGCAGUCCAGUCGCGGUCCUCGUAGAUACAUACAAGGCGGCAGUCGAGAGAGAACUGAACACUGCUUGGCCGAUACUUAUCUUCAUUCUAUUGUUACUCUCAGGAACUGUCACUAUGUUAACCCUGCUGUAUCCUGUAUUCGACCAUUGUCGUCGCUUCGGUGGUCCAAAGUGGCGAUACACUGCUAUUGCGUGCUCCCUGGUGAGUGUGGGCGGGGCAUUGGUGGCCUUAGGAGGAGGUCUAACAGCGUUAAGUGCUAUCGAAGACGUCGUAGUACCUUUGCUCAUCAGUAUCGCUACCAUCGCCGAAGUGUUGGCGUUUCUGUUAAUUUAUGGUCGGAAAACAUUGGUGGAAGAUGUGGAAUUUUUAAACGGCAAACCUUUGGCAAACUAUUGGAUUAUUGGAUGGUUUGUUACACCUGGCAUAGUCUUAGCGUUUACUAUAUGGUGGACAGUCACUUGGUUGAUUGAUGAUACGAAAUGGCAGGAGAGUCCUUGGGAAGCCAUUUUGAUAGUAGCGACAUUUAGUACAGCGGUGGUGAUUAUCGUCAUCUUUGCGGCGAUAUCGGUGGCGAAGCAAAUGCAAUACGACGCACUAUCGAAGCUGCAAGCGUCUUUUAGACCGUCAAGACAUUGGGGUCCGAGGGACCCUAUAGUUCACUACUAUUGGUUGGCACGUCGCGAGGAAUCCGAGAGAAAUUUACCUAGAACUAGUUACAGACGUCAGUUGGGACAGUUUUCUGGCAACAUAAGUUUUGGUCACAUCUCGAGUACUGUCUCAUCAAAAACUUCAUUGGAAAACAAAAAGCGAUCCAAUUCCGAUGAUUGGAUGUACACCGAAUACAGGAGGAAAUAUUUAGAACAAACUUAUCCAGAGAUUAUCCAGCAUAACAAGAAGAGAUCUUUGUCUCUAGACUACUCUACGGUCAUGAAAGCAAACUUUGUUAUUACAGACGUACAUAUAACUCGAGAAGUAACUAAUAUUGUACCAGAACUGAAUAAUAAUAAUCCCAAUGUAGCUGUUGGAGCUGCCCCGCACUCGUUGCAUCAGGGAUGCUGCUCUCUCUCUUAUUACUGCGGCAAAGCCAUCAACACCGGCAUCUGCAAACAUCCCAGAUACGCUACAGAAGCGCGGCAGACCCAACAGGGCCCUGAACCCACUAAAUUUAAGAGUGUGAAAUAA